UCAUCUCUUUAUAAAAUACUUUGAGACCCCAAGACUUUACGUUUCUUCAACACACAUAGCUAGUAAGAAAGCAAAACACAACUCUUCAAACCUUUAUCCAAAGUCUUGUUUGGUUGCACAUACAAGGAAAUAUCAUCACAAAGGUGAAAGUUAGAAAAGUAAGAGAAAAAAGCAGUUUACAAAAAUUUCAUUUCUUAGGGAGCUUAUUUUUAUUUUUUUAAGUUGAAAAAAUAAAUAAUUCCUUCUUACACAUAUAUCAUGAGACUCAUGAUCCAUUGUAGCAAAUGAUGGCUGGGAACCCUAACUGGUGGAGCAUGCAUCCAUCAUCUUUGAAUAUCCCUCCUCAAUAUAUGCUUGGAUCUUCUUCAAUCCCUUUCAAUUCCUUGACAGAAAAUAAUGCUGAAGUACCUCCUCAAUCAUGGAGUCAACUACUUUUUACUGGACUACCUGGAGAAGAAGAGAGACUUGGUUUUAAUCAUUUUCAACCUAAAAACUCAGAAAACUGGGAUGUGCAAAUUAUGAAUCCAUCUUCAAGAGUUCCUUUUAUGGAUAUAAUAAAGCAUGAAGUUUCUCAAGGUGAGAAUUUUUAUGGCCAACAAGGGCAUCAUCAUGAGGAGUUUCAUGCUAACUCUGGAUCACUUGGUUCAUCUUGGUCACAUAUGGUGCCAGUUUCUUCUCCAAGCUCUCAUAUCACUAGCUUAAGUAGUGAUAAUAUAUUGGAUUUCACUUACAACAAGGUAGAUCAUAGCAAGAAUCAACUACCAGAUCAAAUAUCUGAGUGUAAUAGCUCAACCACUGGAGUUAAUAAGAAGGCUAGGGUUCAGCCAUCUUCAAGCCAACCACCUUUAAAGGUGAGGAAGGAGAAGCUAGGUGAUAGAAUAACAGCACUUCACCAGCUAGUUUCUCCAUUUGGAAAGACUGACACAGCUUCUGUAUUAUUAGAAGCCAUUGGAUACAUCAGGUUUCUACAGAGUCAAAUUGAGGCACUCAGCACCCCUUACUUGGACACUGCAGCAUCAAAAAACAUGAUGAGGAAUCAACAUUCUGUACAUGUUGAAAGAAAUUCUGUAUUUCCUGAAGACCCCGGUCAGCUGUUGGAUGACACUGGCCUAAAAAGAAAGGGCGCUCCAAUUCCAAACCAGAAUGCAGAAGGUAAUAAGGCAAAGGACUUGAGGAGUAGAGGGUUGUGCUUGGUUCCAGUGUCAUGCACACAACAUGUUGGAAGUGAAAAUGGAGCUGAUUAUUGGGCACCAGCAUUUGGAAGUGGAUUUUAAUUAACAUAUGAAGCAAGGAAAUUUGUGGAUGAUGAUAUAACAUCAUGAGCAGUCAUUCUGUGGUAAUGAAAAGGCUGAUUGCUCACGAUGCUAUAUAUAUGCAUGCCAUUAAUUAAUUAUGGUUGAUCAUCAAUAACUGGAAUGUUUAAAAUCCUCUAAUCUAAUUAAGUUUGGUUCAAAACUUCAAUUGAUAUGUAAGUUUGGUUCUUCUAAAUAUGCUUUGUGCUUAGUUGAAAUUA